AUGUUCAAAAAGAUCCAUUCUAUAUUUCACCCCAACUCCCAGCGAAGAAACGUGACAGAUGACAUUCCUUACAGUGAUGGAGCUGGCUCUGCAGUGAGACUGAUCCGCAGCACUUCCAUGUAUGUCCUUGGAGGUGAGCAGGAAAAAGUUAGUGAACCGCUAAAAAAGUGCAGAAGUACAACCAGCAUCGACUCUUGCUUUCAGCCAAAAGAGGAAGACAGAGACUGGAUGUACUCUAAGACUCAGGACUGCUUGAAGUACCUGCAGGAUCUGCUAGCCUUGAGGAAAAAAUAUCUUGAAAACAUCAAUAACUUGAAAUCCAUGCAUAUGGCUUCAGAUUCUCCAGCAUCCACAAGGUCAUCCAAAACUGGAAAAAAGUCAUUUCUUCCACUUCCUUCCAAAGAGCCUUCUAAGGCAUCUAUGGAAAGAAAAGGCACACAGUCCAGUUCAGAUGUAAGAGAAGCAAUAGCUUUCUUCGACUCAGUGAUUGCAGACUUGGACUCAGAGAGAUGGCGGAGAGUUCCUGACAUGGAUCUGCCAAAUGUGGAUGUCGAUUUUGAUGUUGCUACUAGUACGAGUGAACACAGUUUGCAUUCAAACUGGAUCCUUCGGGCUCCCCGGAGAUACUCCCAAGACACUGCCCAAGCAGCUAAGCAAUCCCAAAGAAACAGUCAGAGGAGAACCACUGGCUCUAGGAAAAGGCUGGAAAGGCAUCCCAUGUACCUGCCCAAAGCUGUGGAAGGGGCAUACAGCACUUUAAAAUUUAAACCUAAAACACACAAGAAAGAAUGUUGA